CACCGCGGGGCGAUAACAAAAAAAGUCCCAACUUCUCAACACCAAAACCUUCCAUCACCACAUUCAACUCCCUCUCUACAUCAAUAAUCUCAAAAUGCCAAAGAAACUCUCCAAGAACCCGUUCCCGCCGAGUACCUCAACCCUCUCCACAAUCUCAACAGCAUCAACAUCAUCCACCGCCCUCCCCUCCUCUCUCGCCGAUCCCUCCCUCCCACUCCCCAAGCUCAUCGUCUUCGAUCUCGACUACACCCUCUGGCCUUUCUGGGUAGACACCCACGUAACACCACCCCUAAAGCCAAACUCCUCACACACAGCCGCCACAGACCGAUACGGCGAAGACUAUGGUUUCUUCAGCGACGUCCCCGCCAUUCUGCACGCCUUACCACGCGCCGGUAUAAAAAUCGGCGUGGCAUCGCGGACUUCAGCACCGAGCCUUGCGCGCGAUUUGUUAAAGAUGUUGCAUAUCACUGGCUCAGAGGGUGGAAAGCCAAAGAAAGCGCUGGAUGUGUUUGAGGGGUUGCUGGAGAUUUAUCCGGGGUGUAAGAUUAAGCAUUUUGAGAGUCUGCAGAAGAGGACGGGGAUCAAGUAUGAGGAUAUGCUGUUCUUUGAUGAUGAGCCGAGGAAUAGAGAUACGGAGAGUUUGGGGGUGACGAUGUGUCUUGUUAGAGAUGGGGUUUCGUGGGGGGAGCUUGAGAGGGGGGUUGCGCAGUGGAGGAAUAGAAGGGGAUAUAUUACGAGACCAGAGGUUCCAGAGAUGGAGUGACGUCAAAGCUCUAAACGACAAUUUGGACUUUAAUAGAAGCACAGGACAUAGAGGGCCAGUAUUCAGAAAAUAGAAUAAAAAUGUCAAUUGUUCAAUAUUAACAGGGAAUCACGAUUAUAUAUUCACAAC